AUGAGGGCUCCAAUGGAAAGGAGCCGCUUGACCUUGUUUUGGGGUCUGAUGCUGGCCGCGUCGUCCUGCCUCCGGCCCGCCGCUGCUGAGAUUUGCGGCCCCAGCAUCGACAUCGGCAAUGGAAUAAGUGAAUUUCGGCGUCUGGAGAACUGCACAGUGGUGGAAGGUUACUUGCAGAUCCUCCUCAUCAGUGACAAGAACAACAACCAGGAAGUCUUUCGCUCCCUCAGCUUCCCCAAGCUAACUGUGAUCACGGACUAUCUGCUGCUGUUCCGGGUCCCCGGCCUUGACAGUUUGAGCACGCUGUUCCCCAACCUGGCCGUGAUCCGCGGCCACAACCUCUUCUACAACUACGCUCUGGUCAUAUUCGAGAUGACCAGCCUGAAGGAUAUCGGCCUGUACAACUUACGCAACAUCACGCGAGGCGCCAUCCGGAUAGAGAAGAAUCCAGAGCUGUGCUAUCUGGACUCGGUGGACUGGUCACUCAUCAUGGACGCCGAGUUCAACAACUUCAUCGCUGGGAACAAGCAGUCCAAAGAGUGCAGCGACGUGUGCCCUGGCAUCAUGGAGAACAACCCGCAGUGCCGCAAGACAAUGUUCAACAACAACUACAACUAUCGCUGCUGGAACUCGAACCACUGCCAGAAAGAAUGCCCAGAGAAAUGCGGGCGACGAGCAUGCACGGCGAAUGGCGACUGCUGUCACGAGCAGUGCCUCGGCAGCUGUACCUUGCCGGGCAGUGACAGUUCUUGCGCCGCCUGCGUCCAUUAUUACCACGAGGGCCGUUGCGUGGCCGACUGUCCGCCCGGCACUUACAAGUUCGAGGGUUGGCGGUGCAUCAGCGCCGAACUCUGUUCCCGAGUCCACCUGCCUGACUACGAUAGUUUCGUCAUCCACCAGGGCGAAUGCAUGUCCGAGUGUCCCUUCGGGUACACGCGCACCACCCCUAACAGCAUGUCCUGUGCUGCCUGCGAUGGUGUGUGCGAUAAGGUGUGUGACGAGAAGGUCAUCGAUUCCAUGGAUGCCGCGCAGUCACUGAAAGGCUGUACAGUUAUCAAAGGCAAUCUACACAUCAACAUCCGCAGAGGCCACAACAUGGUGGCCGAACUGGAGAGUUUCACGGGUUUAAUCCAGAGGGUGACGGGCUACGUGCGCAUUCGACACUCGCAUACGCUCAGUUCGUUGGCCUUCCUGCGAAGCCUGAGAUACAUCGACGGCGAGGAACUCCUGGAUGACACCUACGCCUUCUCGGCAUUUGACAACCAGCAGCUCCAGUACUUGUGGGACUGGAAGCAGCACAACCUCACCAUCCGGAACGGGAAGCUGUUCUUUCGGGCCAACCCCAAGCUCUGCGUGUCGGAGAUCCGAAAGAUGUGGGAGAAGACUGGAGUAUCGGGACGCUUUGAUGAAAAUGACUUGCGCAACAAUGGCGACCGAGCCAGUUGUGAAAGCACCAUCCUGCAGUUCAAGUCCAACACCACUAGCAGCACUCGGAUCAUACUGACCUGGCAGCGCUACCGUCCCCGUGAUUACAGAGACCUGAUCAGCUUUAUCGUCUACUACAAGGAGGCCCCUUUCCAGAACAUCACCGAAUUCGAGGGACAGGAUGGAUGCGGCUCCAACAGCUGGAACAUAGUGGAUGUCGAGCUGCACCAGGAUAAGGACACGGACCCCGGGGUGCUUUUGUCCGGUUUGAAGCCUUGGACACAAUACGCCGUGUUUGUCAAAGCCAUCACACUUAUGGUGGAUGACAAGCAGGUGCCCAGCGCCAAGAGCAAGGUGGUGUACAUCCGUACGAGCCCAUCAGCGCCCUCCAUGCCUCAGGACGUGCGUGCCUACUCCAACUCCUCCACCCAGCUGGUGGUACGCUGGGUCCCCCCUGUGUCCCCCAACGGCAAUCAAACCUACUACUUGGUGCGCUGGCAGCAGCAGGCCGAAGACCGAGAAUUGUACCAGCAUAAUUAUUGUUCUAAAGAGUUAAAAAUCCCUGUAAGGAUGGCUGCGAUUGGAGUGGGAGACCACGAGGAAGACACUAAACCCACAAAGCCGGACCCCAACAGCCCCGACAAGGGCCCCUGCUGUCCCUGCCCCAAAUCGGCGGAGGACCUGGAAGCGGAGGCUGCCGAUGCCUCCUAUCGGAAAGUCUUUGAGAACUUUUUGCACAACUCCAUCUUCACACCCAGGCCACCCGAUCGCCGCCGACGAGAUGUAUUUAACAUCGCCAACGCCACCCACUCUCGACGCCUGCACUGGCCUCACUCCAACACCAGCACCGUUCCUCCGAUGCAGGGCGCUGGCAAUAGCAGCGGUCCCAACCCGGAGCUGGCGGAGCAAGAGUUUGAUUUUGUGGAACAGGCGGUUACAGAGCGCGAGCUGCAGAUAUUUGGUUUGCAGCCGUUCACCGUAUACCGCAUCGACGUUCACGCCUGCAAUCGGCAGGUGCAGCGCUGCAGUGCUGCAGAGUUUGUUUUCUCCAGGACUAAACCGGCAGAAAAGUCUGAUGACAUUCCAGGCUCGGUGACCUGGGAGGGUCACGAGGACUCCGUGUUCCUGCGUUGGCCGGAACCGUCACACCCCAACGGUCUCAUCCUCAUGUAUGAGAUCAAGUUCAAACUGGGCGCAGAGAAUGAGAAGCAUGAGUGCGUGUCGGCUCAGAUGUACCGGACACAGCGCGGCAUCCGUCUGUCCAACCUGAGUCCGGGCAACUACUCGGUGAGGGUCCGAGCGACAUCGUUGGCUGGGAACGGAUCCUGGACGCAGCCGAUAGACCUUUACGUGGCGGAACGAUAUGAAAACUUCCUUUACGCCAUCAUAUUCGCCCCACUCUUCAUCAUUGUGCUCAUCUGCGUCCUGGCUGGUGUGCUCUUUGCCUUGAACAGAAAAAGGAACAGCGAUCGGCUUGGAAAUGGAGUCCUGUACGCGUCUGUCAACCCUGAAUACUUCAGUGCUGCUGAAAUGUAUGUACCUGACGAAUGGGAGGUGGCACGCGAGAAGAUCUCCCUGAGCCGCGAGCUGGGCCAGGGCUCGUUCGGAAUGGUGUAUGAAGGAAUCGCCAAGGGUGUGGUGAAGGACGAACCGGAGACGCGAGUGGCCAUCAAGACAGUGAACGAAUCAGCCACCAUGCGGGAGCGCAUCGAGUUCCUAAACGAAGCCUCCGUCAUGAAGGAGUUCAACUGUCACCACGUGGUGCGUCUGCUGGGGGUGGUGUCUCAGGGCCAGCCCACUCUGGUCAUUAUGGAGCUGAUGACACGAGGAGACCUCAAGAGUUACUUGCGCUCCCUCCGGCCUAAAGAGCAACAGUGGUCAAGUUUGUCGCUACCACCCCUGAAGAAAAUGCUACAGAUGGCAGGCCAAAUCGCGGACGGCAUGGCGUACCUCAAUGCCAGCAAGUUUGUGCACAGAGAUCUGGCGGCGCGCAACUGCAUGGUUGCCGAGGACUUUACCGUCAAAAUAGGAGACUUCGGAAUGACCAGAGACAUCUACGAGACCGACUACUACCGCAAAGGCGGGAAGGGUUUGCUACCCGUCCGAUGGAUGUCGCCUGAGUCUCUGAAGGAUGGUGUCUUCACCACCAAUUCGGACGUCUGGUCGUUUGGGGUGGUCUUGUGGGAAAUUGCUACACUAGCAGAGCAGCCCUACCAGGGUCUUUCCAACGAGCAGGUGCUGCGCUUCGUCAUGGAGGGAGGCUUGCUCGAGAAACCGCAGAACUGUCCCGACAUGUUGUUCGAGCUAAUGCGCAUGUGCUGGCAGUACAACCCCAAGAUGCGUCCGUCUUUUGUGGAAAUCAUCAGCAGCGUGAAGGACGAGCUGGAGCCGUCCUUCUCCGAGGUUAGUUUCUUCUACAGCGCCGACAACAAGCCGCCUGACGCCCAGGCCCCGCCCCAACAACACUCCGACAACACGGACGACGCAGUCGACACGCCACUGCAAAUGCCGCCCUCGCCCAGCUCCCACCCAGGACCUUCGCUAGCCCCCGGCUCGCCCCGCACGAACAAGGAGCCCGUCGGGCAUCAAGCGGCUAACGGCUUGACGUCAUCGACGUCGUCAUCAUCACUGGGGGCGCCGGGCAACGAGUCUGGUUCGGCGGCCGCCAUGCAGGCGUCCCUGGACGAGCUCCCGCCCUACGCCCACAUGAACGGGGGACGCAAAAACCAGCGUGCCAUGCCUUUCCCUCAGUCGUCUGCCUGCUGA